AUGGACGAAGACAGUGGAAGUGGAACCAUCAACAUUUCACCGAUGAAAAGAAAUCCUCGUGGAACCGCUGUAUGCAGUGACCAGUUGCCGCAUGGUGGGGACAUUUGGCCUCGAGACAGCGGAGCGCAGUCAUUUGUAUGCGCGUGCCAGGACUACGAACUUGAUCAAAUUAAAAUGGCAACUUUAGACUUGGAUGAAGAAUUACUCAAAGAUGAAGAGUUAGUUGCAAGUAUUCAAAAUUUGGACCAUUCAAUUGUAGAUAUUGAAACGUUACUAGAAUCACGAAUGGAUUUAGAUUACAUUUCUAUGUCAGUAGAGGAAAAAAUUAAGCAUGAUCUACUUAUUGCAUUUGCAUUGAAUAGUUUGUAUUGGGUAUACCUGCGAUUGGAUGGUGUUGAUCCAACUUCUCAUAAUAUAAAACGAGAAUUGGAUCGUGUAAAAUCAACUAUGGAUAUGGCUAAAGGUGCUAUGGCCAAAAAAAAUAUGCUAAGAGUUGAUAAAAAAGCGGCUGAAAGGUUUAUCGAUCAUGCUCUUUGGACACCAGAAGAUAAGAAACGUAGGUCUCAUAAUGUGGAAAAACCAAAUAAAAAAAUAAAAUUUGAUGAAAAUGGUGACCCAUCAACAUAA